AUGUAUAGAAAGGCACUUAUGCCUGCGUUCAACUUCCGACACGUCAAAGACUUGUACCCGAUUUUCUGGAGUAAAUCCCAGGAAUUUACAGACAAGCUGGCUGAAACCAUCAAGAGCAGCCCUGAUGGGUCAUCUGUAGUCGAAAUCGGGCAUUGGGCCUCCCGCGCCACCCUCGACAUUAUUGGUGUAGCAGGAAUGGGCAAAGACUUCGAUGCCAUCAGCAACCCGUCCAAUGAACUCAACGAAACCUACCGCAAGAUCUUCGCCGGCGCGCGUGGUGCUCAACUCAUCCAAGUCUUGCUCAAUCUGCUCCCCCACUGGGUUGCUGUAAAUCUUCCCUUGGCACGCAACGACAUCAUCGGCAACGCCGUCGACACCAUCAAGAAAGUCGCCCGGGAUCUCAUCCACGACAAGCGCGAGAAUCUGCAAUCCGGCGAAGCAAAAGGCAUGGACAUCUUAAGCGUAGCCAUGGAAUCCGGUGGUUUCAGCGACGAAGACCUCGUAAACCAACUCAUGACGUUCCUCGCCGCGGGCCACGAAACUACCGCUUCAGCCAUGUCAUGGGCCGUAUACCUCCUCUGUCAGAACCCUGAUGUGCAAACACGACUACGACAGGAGAUACGCACCGAGCUGCCUGAAGCACUGCAACCAGGUGGCCAGAUCUCUUCUACGGAGAUCGACCGACUCCCCUAUUUAAACGCCGUACUCCAAGAAACAAUGCGCAUCUACCCCCCCGUCCCCCUCACCCUCCGCGAAACCGCCCACGACACCACCAUCCAAUCCCACUUCGUCCCCGCGGGCACAACCGUAGUAAUCUGCCCCUGGGCCAUCAACACGUCCACGCAUCUCUGGGGUCCCGAUGCCCGCUCCUUCAACCCCGACCGCUGGAUGCAGCCUGGUACUGCCAAUACCGGCGGCGCGGAGUCGAACUAUGCCAUUACGACGUUUUUGCAUGGGCCAAGGAGUUGCAUUGGCAUGCAGUUUGCUAAAGCGGAGUUUGCUUGUCUUGUGGCGAGUCUUGUGGGCAGGUUUGAGAUUGCGUUUGAGGUGGAGGGGCAUGUGGUGGGGAUUCAAGGGGGGAUUACGGCGAGGCCUAAGGGGGGGUUGAGGGUUAGGUUGAGGGAUGUUGGGGGGGAUGAGAAGGCGUAG